AUGGCGGGACGGUGGUUCCUGGCAGCUGGAGCUCCCGCCAGCGGCCAAGCACCGACUGUCACCAAGAGGGAGAGCCAGAACCUCCCCCCACACACUUAUCAACUACACGGCGCAGCCUCCGAUGCCGACCUGACGAUGAACGGCGUUAUUGAGGCGCUGCACAUCUACGAUGAGCACAACCAUGCCAUCCUGUCGCACACGUACACGGGGCGCCCGCUGUCGGCACAGCAUCUCCUACCCCUCUACCUAGAGCAUCCUGCGCCGCGCCCGAACGUAUUAUACCUGCCAAACACAAGUCCUCCGACGCUCGUCUUCAGCCUCAAGCACGCCAACCUCCUCUUCCUGGCGACUUCCUCGUCCGAUAUCGAGCCUCUCCUCGUCCUCGAGUUCAUACACCGCAUAAUCGAUGUGUUUGAAGAGUUCCUUGGUGCUCCCUUGCUGGCGCACAAGAUUGAGAGCAACUACGAUGUAGUAGCGCAGCUUUUGAACGAGAUGUGCGAUGCCGGCAACAUCAACACCACGGAACCAAAUGCGCUGAGGGAUUUGGUCGAGGUUGAGGGCUGGGAAGCCUGGAAACUUUGGCACAAGCUUCUCGAACUCGACCGCACCGUCGAUAAUUGCACAAAACACUCCGGCCUUACCCUGGCGUCGAGCCAAUACGGCCGGUUCAUCUUGGCUAGCUACGAAGUCGACUUGCUCCCGUUCACAAGCGGCAAGAGUGGCAACAUCAGUUCAAAUAAUCUGAAGUUGCCUGUCAACAUUGAGAUGAAAACUGGACUAGGACCGACAGGUUCUGAUUUCGAGGUUCGACUUCACGUGAACAAGGUUCUAGGCACAGGAGGUCCGUCUGCACAAAGCCAGUAUGGCAGAGGCGGAGGCGGGGCAGGUCGAGGAUUCGGAGGUCCCCAUGCUGGAACACCUGCGUCGCCGCUGAUGGAAGAUCUCAUCGUUACGGUGCCGUUGCCAGCUGAGGUUAGAAACCUCCCGGAAUUGCGGCCUAGCAAGGGAGACGCGAGCUUCAGUCCUGGUGAGAAGGUUCUGGAGUGGCACAUUCCUACAAAGGAGCUGUCAGUCGGCACUUCUUACUUCGGUCUUAGGUGUACAGUUGUUGGCCAGCUGCCUGACGAUGAGGACGAUGAGCUGGACCCUACUGGAUUCGGAUUCGGGAAGUCGUAUGCCUACGAUGAACCCUAUCAAGCAACAAGCCCCGUCAGGGCAAAGAAGACGACGGAAAAGGCUGACGACGAGAAAGACGCGAAGAAAGUGGCGCAAAAUAAGAUGCUGAUGCCCAGCUCAGCCUCGGUGAGCUUCUCAGUGAAGGGUUGGCUACCGAGUGGCCUUAAAGUGGAAAGCAUUUUGAUUGACCCUCGCAAGAGCAAAGGCCUGGGAGAGGGUGUUAAACCAUACAAAGGAGUCAAGUACUUGACCGUCAGCAAGGGCGGUGUAGAAACGCGAUGCCAAGGAGUACAGAAGGUCGGCAUGAUCACACCAUGGCUCGAAGCCUUCCCCACGACGGCGAAGCCCAUCUUGGAGGAGAUUGAUCACUACAUGGGCUACAAGCUCUCCGACAUCAUCGCCAACGGGCCCGGCAAGCUGCUUACGAAGACUCCCAACGCCCAGCCCGCCAUCAUGGCGACCUCGAUUCUCAUCCUCCGCAUCCUGGAGCGCGAGUUUGGCUUCGACAUCCCACAGCGAGUCGACGUCACUCUUGGGCAUUCGCUAGGAGAAUUCGCGGCGCUGGUGGCGGGCGGAUACCUCGAGUUCGAAGACAGCUUAUAUCUGGUGCGCAAGCGGGCCGAGGCCAUGCAUGAAGCGACAAGGCGCGCUGUGGACGAAUACGGCGGAGAGUACGGCAUGGUGGCUAUUGUAACAGAACCGGAGUACUUGAAGGGCCUGAUCGAGGCUAUACACGACUUUGUGGGACACUCGAGCGCGGGAUCCAAGGGGGAGAGCUCGGAAGACGUCCCGCCGAUAGAGCAGGUGCUCAUUGCGAACAUCAACAGCAAGAACCAAAUCGUGUUGAGCGGCAACAUUGAGCGGAUCAAGACUCUUGCGACACACGUCAGGCAGUUCUUGGGGCAUGACCCACGCGCUGUGCGGUUGAACAGCGACAGUCCGUUUCACAGCCCGAUCAUGAAGCCUGCGGUCUCGGUUGUGAAAAAUAUUCUAAACAGGAAGAGCAGGGUCAAGGGGCGUGAAGGGGAGGAUAUCAUCACAUUCCCGGGCAAGUUGCCCUGUAUAAGCAAUGUCAGCGCGAGGCCGUUCGAGAGCAAGGAGGACGUGAAGGAUCUCCUAGCGCGGCAGUGCCUAGAGACGGUGAGGUGGUGGGACAGUAUCAAAUAUCUCGACCAGGAGGAGAAAGUGAGGCGGUGGAUUGGUAUCGGGCCCGGCAAGGUCGGACGGAACCUUGUCGGAAAGGAGGUGGGCAUGAGAGGGAAGGACUCGGUCAAAGGCGGUGGCGUAUGGGCCAUCACCGAUCCGAACGAGAUCGAAGAAGUGCUGAAGGGACUCGAGGAUACGGAGCAUUGGUCGGACGACGAUGCCGAAUGA